AGACAGGCAGGCCGGAGAUGGAGGCCCACACGUGCAAGCUGCUGCUGCGGCUGCUGCUCGCAGUUGCCGCCCUCGGACUGGGCGAAGCAGCACAGCCCUAUUACGGAAAGUACAUCGGGAAGCUGAAGACGCUCCACCACGGCGUCACGGGCGAAGUGUAUGCCGUAGACGCGCGUACGCUACACAUCAGGGACUUCAGCUACGAUGGAGAAGGACCAGCUGCGUUCUUCUGGGCUGGAGACACCAAGAGCCCGAGCAGCUACGGCUUCAAGGUGAACGACGAGAAAGGAACAACGAACGUGCUGCCGCGCUACCGCAAGAAACACAUAACGGUCACCCUGCCGGACAACAAGACGCUCAGGGACAUCAAGUGGUUCUCCGUGUGGUGCGACGAAUUCGCUGUGAACUUCGGCGACGUGAAAAUCCCCAAGAACUUCGACUAUCCGAAACCGCAGAAGAUCGAUCCACUGGACGGCGUGCACGCCGUGUCCUCGGACAACAUCGUCAUCGUCGACGCCCAGACACUGCUCGUGCCCCACUUCUCAUACGAUGGUGAAGCUCCAGACGCCAAGUUCUGGGUGGGCCGCGGCAACAAGCCCAGCUCGCAGGGGACGCGCGUGCCGGACGAGAACGGCCGCGAGGAGCCGCUGCGGCGCUACGACCACAAGACGCUGGUGCUGACGCUGCCCGCCGACCUCACCGUGCACGAGAUCGGCCACUUCGGCGUCUGGUGCGAGGCGUUCGCCGUCGACUUCGGCCACGUGCGCGUCCCCGCCAACAUGAACGUGCCGCCCUCGCUCAAGAUGCUCGGCGUCUCCGCCCAGUCGAAGCUGAACUGCGAGGUGCUGCACGACGACUUGGCUCUGGAGGUGCGAUGGGCCAUCGCUGGGGACAGCAUUGUUGUGCAGCUAGUUGGAAAAGUCGCCAAUGGCGACUACAUGGCGUUCGGUCUUUCGGGUCAUCCGGAGCGGUCCAGGAUGGUGGGCGGCGACGUGGCGGUGGCGUGGGUGGACCACGACACGCUGCAGGGCGGCGCCGACGACUACUUCCUGGGCGCCAAGUCGCAGUGCUCCGGCGGCACCGGCAGCUGCCCCGACGAGCGCAUCAGGGAGGGUACUAACACCGUGCUGCCUCUGAACGCGGCGCUGGUGAACGGUUACUCCAUCGUGACGUUCCAGCGCCACCUGCGCGCCCGCGACGAGCUGGACCUGCCCGUGCUGACCAACCAGAGCCAGGCCGUCAUCUGGGCCGUCGGACCGCUCAACGAUCGCCGAGAGGUCUCCUUCCACCACACUUUCAACAAGCACAACGUGCUGAUCGACUUCGGGCGGUCCCCGCGCUGGAACUGCCCUCUGCCGGACACGGACGCCCCCCGCCCGCCCCGGAGGCCGACCCGCCCGCGAGCCACGCCGGCGCCCGUGGCGCGAGUGGCCGACGCCUGGCACAUCCCGGCCAUCCAGUGCUACGAGCCGGAGGACGGCGUCUUCUACGCGCAGAUGGGGCCCACCGGCGGCAAGCGAGGCUACUCCGCUAUCACCGGCCACGUCGGCUGGGGCAUCUCGUGGUACAUCAACGGUCUGCUGAUCCCCGAGAUCAACGUGGUGCGCGGCAAGACGUACACGUUCGUGGUAGAGGGCGGACUCGACCCUGAGACACCGGCGCGCUACCACCCGUUCUACAUCACCGACGAUCCCGUAGGCGGUUACGAGCACAAGACGCCGGAAGAGCGAGCGGAGGUGCGCAUCUUCGCGGGCGUGUCGGUGAACCGGCGGGGUGACGUGGUGCCCACCGGCACAGGCCGGCUGUGCAACUGGACCCCGGACCCCGACCAGCCGCCAGCGGACGAGUUCGCGUCGUUCGGCGCCUACCAGCGCUCCCUGACGCUGCAGUGCGACGAGGGCGAGCCGGGGGUCGUCCAGUGGACGCCGGGACCGGACACGCCCGACACCGUCUACUACCAGUGUUUCACUCAUCGAUACCUGGGAUGGAAGAUAAACGUCCUGGACAGGUGCGACGCCAGCGGUAGCGCUAGCGAGCCGGUGGCUGCGAGCGUCAGCCGCGGGCCCCAAGACCCGCCCGCUUACGACGACUCGGAGGAUGGCGAACUGCAGCCCGGGGCCAGCAUCCGCGUGUCCACCAGGGUCAAGCCGAACGGCGUCUUCUACCACAACAGCAAGGCUGCGAGCGACGGAAAAGGAGACGCGUUCGAAGUAUUCUACGGUAAUACCCAAGACAACGUGACACCCUACGCGUACUCCACAAUUGGGAAGGAUGAUGAAGAUGAUGAUGGAGACGAGAGGCACAUCUCGUCAGACAUCGACGAAUUCGCCGCGUCUCCAGGUAAAAAUCCUUUAGCCGCACCAUCACAGCAGGCCAGUGUCGAAUUUCAUCGGGAAUCAGAGAAACUGGGUACAAAAUCUGAACAACACGCUGGUGAAGGAGCAGACGCGAAAACUGACAAAACUAAAGGCGACGAUGCCACGAGGGGCGCGGAAACGGACGUAUCCCGCUGGAAAGAGAGCUACCACUCCAGUCACGGAGAACUGACGCCUGUCGAUCCAAUGAGGAGGCCGGUGAUCCACGCAACCACUCCUUACUCACUGGCCGCCCACACCGACCGCGGGGCGGAAGUUUCUUCCCAAGCACCACUGAGAACGCAGGACACCCUGCAGGAGCUGAAACACGAGCCGGUUCCUCCGACAGGUACUGUGCGACAGUCGGAAACACCCAAACCGGGAAAUGGAGACGGAACGGGUCCCAAAAUUGAAUCUGCUGGAGCCAACCUAGACGGACAAUCCUCUACAGAACUGACUACCGCAAAACAGACAAUUCCGGCCUCAAAACUGCCAACAAGUGGGCUGUACACGCAAGCGAUAAGUUACAGACCUCAACAGAUGCACCUUUCGUUUCGAAGACCCGUCCCUCACCAUUCCCCGCCCCAUAUGCACAGGCCCUUAAUCCCAGCUGCAAUGAGGAAGCCGUACAUAUCAACAGUAGCGCCGCAAAAUUAUGCACUCGGUAUGAAGAAACAUUAUUACAGGACGCCAAACAUGGGCACAUAUAGACCAUUAGUAAGUUCCUCUGUAUACCAGAGGCCGUUAACUUUAUAUCCUAGCAGUCCGAGAACCAUACCAUCUAUGACGACUUACCAAAGACAGACAACAUUCUCACAGAGAAAUGUGCAACGAGUAACUGCAACUCCAACUAACAGAUUGGAGAAUGUGACCAAACUGCCGUCAUUGGUGGCGCAGCGAGUCGCACCCAAAGUUACGCCCCCUGCAGUACAUGUAGUCUCAGCUAACAAACCGCAAUCACAGGAGAACGCCGAAAGCAAAUCACCUGCAACAUUCGCGUCGGCAGCGACACAGGGCGGAGAUGAACCGUCGGCAUUGAUGCCUGCAGCUGUAAACACGGGUUUCCACCCCGAAUCUGUUAUUGUGGAAGGCGGCUUUAAGCCCAUAACACAGAAAAACGCAGCUGCUCAAGACAGAUCAUCUGCCGAAAGCGAAACUCUCGCGGAAUCUUCUGAAAGGCUAGACGCGGAAUUGCUGUCUGAUGUAGUUGCAGAAUCUUCGGAAGAGAGCAAGAAUGAAAACCCAUUUAAAGGUCAGAGACCAGAACUGUUCGAACCAAUGUUUAUUCCUUCCCCUCCUGAUAGAAUAAUUAACAGCAAUACUUCAAACGUGAAUCUCAAAAAACCUGUUUCGCUGCCAGACGAUCUAAUACCACCGGCAGCCAGCAUCCAUCACAGAAACAGUGGCCAACCUCUACGAAGCCCACCACAUUUAUUCGCAAAUAGACCUAGACCAGGUAAUGUCCGUAGACCAUUGUAUCCUAACAACAAUGCUGGAACAUUUAGAGUUCCACCUCGAGGUAACGUCCCCUCUUUCAGGCACCAGCAAAAGUCUGAAGAAUCUCAAGAUGAAACACCAAUGGCUGCUGAACGUUUAGAUACAUAUUAUCUACCUCCAGUUGAAUAUAAAGCUAGUUCUGUAAGAAAUCAUCAGCCAAGUAUAUCGCCCAGUAUCGACGCCACAAUUGCUCCCGGUACAGUAGUAACAUACGAUGGGAAGUCCGUGGUAGAUGCGUCUCUAGCGUCCUCUAUUUCUAACCCUCCUGGAGAAUCCUCAUCCAAUUAUCGGAGUCCCUCUGGCACUGCUGCCCUUAUUAGAGAGCUACCACAGUUUGGGCCAUUCCGUGGAGAAAUUCCUCCACCUGUACCUGCUGUAGUGCAGACAGAAAACAUACCACAACUCAGAAUUCAGAAUCAAAAGCGGGCACAAACCUUACCACUGCAUUUUUCUCCUGGUGAUUCACAACGCUCAGCUGGUGAACAGAAAACGAAUUAUCCAGGCUCUCAUUCGGCUCGAAGCACACGGCUGUCUUUGGUCAGACAGGUAGAAAGUACGGAUGAGGCUUCUUCAGAUCUCACGCCAGAAGCCUCAGAGAUAAAAGAAUUCUUAAUUCCCGUAAAAACAAGAAAAUUUAAAACCGCAAAGAAAGUGGCAAUACCAUUUGCUGAGAGCACAGAUGAACUUAGUGGCUUCAAAAGUGAGGAAAUGGUUUCAACAGACAAAACAGUCUCGAGUAAGGACAUUAGUCAGCACACCGAACCUACACAACAAAUAAAUCAAACUAGUUUUGUGCCAAGGGUAAAUCCACACAACACCUCCAGAGGGCUCAGUCGGAACAAACGCUCACCUGUUCCACAUCACGAACCAGGUCAUCAUGUUAGUGAUAAGGAUGAUGACCAGGAAGAAGACAGGCAACACAUUCAUGUAGAGGACAUGCGAGUUGGCAACAGGGGUAAAGCUGUAAAUGGUUCUCCAUAUACGGCCCACAGAGAAAGCAUGGCAUUAAUACUGUGUCUGGUAACCACUUUUGUUUGGUUGUAAUGUAAAUAUAUGCCUUCUGUGCUCCUUUUAACAGUUGAGUCAGGGUAAACAGAGAACUGUUAAGUGAUCUUCUGUUAUGUUUUCUUCAUUUUAAAAGUGAUUACCAUCCUUGUCAAACAAUUGUGUAGUACUGACAGAAGAAACUACUAGAAGUUCCUAGCAGAGUCAGCAACAGCACAGAGUGAUGUAUUAUCAUUGCAAAUUUAAUAAACAUGUACUCUACCAUGUCUGAGCUCAAAAUCACAACAAAUUGUUUUCAUGAGUAUUAUGAAGUAUUAAGAAAAAAGUUCGCUAAUCAUUCAGUUGCUUGAAAUUACAUACUGAACCAUUGUGUACUGCCACAUUAUCAUUUUGAAUUCAAGUGCACUUUUGAUGUAAUUUUAAACCAUAUUUAUUACACAUUUCAUCCUCAGCAUUUAUUUAUUAUAAUUCAUUUUACAAUUUCAUGCAAAUGUUAUGGAGGUAGUUACAAGUGACAAUACAUACGUACUAAGUAUUAUGCAUGCUAACAAUAAAUUUGGAAAUUCACCUUUCAAUGUACAUCACACAAACAAAUUCAGCUAUUUAUUAAGCAUCAACUAUAUUUCUCAAGGAAACCUAGAGCAAUUCAUUAUGUAUAUCUGAAACUUGUCAUUCCAUUCCAGUUAAAACAUAGAUGCCUGAAUGGAAGUAUAAUACUUAAUACAUGCAUUUAUUAAAAUUCUGAUCAAAUUAAACAAUAGUACUCUGUAUAUGUGUAGCAUUGUUAUUUUUUAGUCAUUGUGAUCAUCAUGUUUAUUCUUAUUACUUAGAAAUUAAUGAAGUAUACUCGCCAAUGAUUUGUUUCUCAAUGUAUCAUUACAAAUGUCCACUUUUCACCACUCUGCACAUCAACUAUAGUAAUAGUAUCAAUGACAUAUGUACUAUAUCACAUUAUAUCAGCAGGAGCUCAUACAAAAAUAUCUGCUCAAAAUAUUUCACAUUUAGUUAACUCAUUUUAUAAGCUAAGUUUUCUUUAUUCUUUUUUUACAUUUUGAAGAUUAAAUAAGAAAUAAAAGUCAUAAUUAUAAAUAACUAAACCAGUUAUUAUUAAUUAUACUAUGACAUGCUGUAAUUUAUUGAUUUCAUUGCGGUCAGAAGAAAGUAAUACUUAAUGCUCGUUCAGUAUUGUUUGUUCAUUCUUCAUUAUGUACCAUUCUGACCAUAUAUUCUGAGCUAGACUGCAGAAAUGUUGCCUUGAUUUCAUAUUUAUAUUGGUGACCAAACUGCUCAUUUCUUAUUCUGCCUUGUGCAAAUAUAAAUGUUUGUAAACAUUACUAUGACUGAAAACUGACAGUGUUAUUCUUCAAAAUACAAAAAAUUAAUACUGAUAGCAAAGUAACAUACCUAAAAGUUGUUACUGCUGUUCAGAUUUGUAAGUCUUUACUAUUCUUUACAAAUAGAACAAUGCAACUGGAGCACCUAAAAAAAGAUUCAAAAACAGCAAUUUCAUUUAUAUAGCAUUAAAAUGAGUUCCAGGAAUCUAAAAUUUCCAUCUACUUCAAUUUUUCCUAAUAAACGGUAAAAAUAACAUUUACUCUAUCUGACAGGUUGUUCAGAACUGUGGAAGUCUGUCCUCAAGUAAUUUUACUAAUAGAGAAAGAGCUAUUUUUCGUUUAUACUGGAUUAUAAUGAAACCAAUUUUGAAAUGUACAUAUAAUUAAUUUCUUGUUGUUUUUUUUAUACAAUGUCUAGUAGUAAGUCUCUACUUUCUUGUUCCAAGACUCAUAUUUUUGUACUUUUCAGAACUUGAUAUCAGUAUAUCCUUAAAGUAGAUUUUAUUUUUGAUACAGUGUACAAAUUAUAACUGCCAAACUGAACUGUUAACA